AUGGCAGCCAGCGAUUCAGGGACGGAUGACUCACUUUAUCCAAUUGCCGUACUAAUCGACGAAUUGAAAAAUGAAGAUGUACAACUGAGAUUGAAUUCUAUAAAGAAGCUGUCAACUAUUGCACUCGCAUUGGGCGUGGAAAGAACGCGAUCUGAACUGAUCCCAUUCCUCACAGAGACUAUUUAUGACGAAGAUGAAGUUCUUCUUGCACUUGCAGAACAAUUGGGAAAUUUCAUCAACCUGGUUGGAGGAGGUGAAUUCGCCCAUUGCUUGCUCCCACCUCUGGAGUCUCUUGCAACAGUAGAAGAGACAGUAGUAAGGGAUAAAGCUGUUGCUUCAUUAAGGGCAGUCGCUGCUCAUCACUCACCCCAAGCUUUGGAGCAACAUUUCGUACCCUUAGUUCAACGUUUGGCUGGAGGUGAUUGGUUCACUUCUAGAGCCUCUGCAUGUGGAUUAUUCAGUGUCUGCUACCCACGCGUAUCAGCCCCAGUGAAGGCAGAGCUCCGGGAACAUUUCCGUUCCCUCUGUCAGGAUGACACGCCGAUGGUGCGACGCGCAGCCGCCUACAAAUUGGGAGAAUUUGCUCGAGUAGUUGAAGUGGAAUAUGUGAAGAGUGAACUUAUACCCAUGUUUGUGUUCCUCUCUCAGGAUGAACAAGAUUCAGUCCGUCUCCUGGCGGCAGAAGCCAGUGCAGCGGUUGCAGCACUACUGCCCCCGGAGGAUAUGGAACAGCUAGUGAUGCCCACAGUUGGGGCUAGAGCCGGUGAUAGCUCUUGGAGAGUGCGAUACAUGGUGGCUGAUAAAUUUGUGGAGCUUCAACAAGCAGUAGGCCCUGAACUUGCUCGCACAGACUUGGCUCAGAUAUUCCAAGCUCUCCUAAAGGACACUGAAGCUGAAGUGCGAGCUGCCGCUGCAGGCAAGGUAAAAGACUUCUGCAUGAACCUGGACAAGGCACACCAAGAGCAUAUAAUUAUGACCAUGAUCCUCCCACAAAUUAAGGACCUGGUUUGUGAUCCCAACCAACAUGUCAAAUCUGCUCUUGCUUCAGUCAUCAUGGGCUUAAGUCCCAUUGUUGGAAGACAGAACACCAUAGAACACCUGCUACCGCUUUUCUUGACACAACUGAAAGACGAGUGCCCAGAAGUCAGACUGAAUAUAAUAUCCAACCUUGAAUGUGUCAAUGAAGUCAUUGGAAUUCAACAGCUCGUCCAAUCCUUACUACCAGCGAUUGUGGAACUAGCGGAAGACACAAAAUGGAGGGUCAGGCUUGCUAUUAUUGAACAUAUGCCACUGUUAGCUGGCCAACUUGGACAAGAGUUCUUUGAUGAAAAGCUAACUGGACUAUGCAUGUCAUGGCUGAUUGAUCAUGUUUAUGCUAUUCGUGAAGCGGCCACCUUGAAUUUAAAGAAAUUGGUCGAACAGUAUGGAGCGGCCUGGGCCGAGACUAAUGUCAUACCAAAAGUACUGGCAAUGUCCCGAGAACAAAAUUAUUUGCAUAGAAUGACUUAUUUAUUCUGUAUCAAUGUUCUGUCAGAAGUAUGCGGAAAGGACAUCACGACGCGAGUUCUUUUGCCCACAGUUUUGUCUAUGGCUGACGACAAUGUUGCCAACGUUAGAUUCAAUGUUGCCAAAACUCUGCAGAAAAUGGCGCCUUACCUAGACCCAGCGGUUAUUCAGCCACAAGUGAAACCUGUUUUGGAGAAAUUAAAUGUAGAUCCCGAUGUUGAUGUUAAAUACUUUGCGUCUGAAGCAAUCGCUGGGAUCGCAGGU